GCAGAGACUCCACACCAGAAAAAAGACUAGCAAAUACAUAGUUCAUGCAACCAAAAAAAAAUACUAAAUGGAAUCCAAUGAUGGUGAGGAUCAUUCUCAAAAAUUGCUUUUAGCUCAAACCCACAUAUGGAAUCACUUUUUUAGCUUCAUAAAUUCUAUGUCCCUUAAGUGUGCAAUUGAACUGAACAUACUUGAUGUUGUUCACAAUUAUGGCCAACCCAUGCCACUCUCAGAACUCAUUGCUUCAUUACCAAUCCAACCGUCAAAAGCCGCCUUCGUCCCCCGCUUGAUGCGAAUCUUGACACAAUCCGGCUUCUUCUCGAAUCAAAAUGAUGAUGAUCAACAAGAAGAGAGGUAUGUUCUAACUAAUUCAUCUAGACUGUUGCUUAAGGAUCACCCCUUUUGCAUGACACCAUUCUUGGAUGUACUUCUUGAUCCAAAUUUGGUAAAACCAUGGUACCAACUCUCUAAUUGGUUCAAGAAAUGUGACAGUAACAAGUCACCAUUAGAAAUGGAACAUGGGAGGGCAUUUUGGGAAUUUGCUAGUCAUGACCAAAAGCUUAGUAAUAGUUUCCAUGAGGCCAUGACAAGCGACUCUAGAUUGAUUGCUAGUGUGGUGAUUGAGAAGUGUAAGGAUACUUUUGAAGGGUUGGAAUCUUUGGUUGAUGUUGGUGGGGGCAAUGGAACUAUGGCUAAGGCCAUAGCUAAAUCAUUCCCAAAUGUGGAGUGCAUUGUGUUUGAUCUUCCACAUGUUGUUGCUGGCUUUCAAGGAAGUAGUGACAAGAAUAUGAAAUAUGUUGGAGGGGACAUGUUUGAGGCAAUUCCUUCUGCAGAUUCUGUUUUGUUGAAGUGCAUAUUACACAACUGGAGUGAUGAGGAUUGUGUAAAACUCCUGAAGAAAUGCAAGGAGGCAAUAAUGAAGAAGGGCAAAAAAGGAAAAGUGAUAAUAAUAGACAUGGUGGUAGGGAAUGAGAAUGGAGAUAAUGGAUCACUGGAGACACAACUUUAUUAUGAUAUGGCGAUGAUGGCCUUUGUCACCGGAAAGGAGAGAACUGAGAAAGAAUGGGCCAAGCUAUUUUUCUCUUCUGGUUUCAGUAAUUACAAGAUAAUUCCAAUUUUGAUGAGUUCAAGGUCUUUGAUCGAGGUUUAUCCAUAGUGAAUAUAUAUAUAUAUAUAUAGUGAAAAUUUAACAUCA